AUGGCCCCCAAGAAGAACGCCCGCGAGCCUGCACCUUCGGCUGCCGCGACGACCCAGUCCAGCACCACGGCCGCAGGCUCCGUGCCCCAGCAGCCAAAGCCCGCGACGAGCCUCAAGUCCACCGGCGCCGCCAACUGGGAUGAGGUCCUACAGAACAUAUAUCAGUACUACAUGAAGGAGACGCCGCAGCGCACCAAGCUUGUCGACGUGUUCCUUGUCUUUCUCGCCGCCGUCGGUGCUCUGCAGUUCCUGUACUGCAUUUUGGCCGGCAACUACCCUUUCAACGCCUUCCUGUCCGGCUUCUGCGCUACAGUAGGGCAAUUCGUUCUGACUGUGUCAUUACGUAUCCAGACGACCGAGGCGAACAAGAGCGACUUCCCAGCAGUAUCCCCUGAACGGGCCUUUGCCGACUUCAUCGUCUGCAGCCUCAUCCUGCAUUUCUUCUGCAUCAACUUCAUCAACUAA